GUACAACCUUAUAAAGCAUUGAACUUAUGGCAUCUCAUAAACUACUUUGCAUCUUUCUCUUUUUCCUCCAUUUUUAUUCGGGUCAUAGUGAAUUACAACUGAAUUACUACUCAGAAAGUUGUCCAAACGCUGAAGAAAUCGUGAAACAAACUGUUAUAACUUUGUAUAAAGAGCAUGGAAACACCGCAGUUUCUUGGUUAAGAACCCUCUUCCAUGAUUGCAUGGUUAAGUCAUGUGAUGCAUCAAUAUUAUUGGAGAGCAUAAAUGGAAUCCAAUCAGAAAAGAUAUCAAAAAGAAACAUGGGAAUGAGGAAUUUCAAGUACAUUAACACAAUCAAAGAUGCUCUUGAAUCUUCAUGUCCCAUGACUGUUUCUUGUGCUGAUCUUGUUGCACUUGCCGCUAGAGAUGGUAUUGUUAUGCUAGGAGGACCUCAUAUUGAGAUGAAAACUGGGCGAAAGGAUAGCAAGGAAAGUCAUCUUGCAGAAAUCGAUGCUAUGCUACCUAACCAUAACGAUAGCAUGUUGUAUGUUCUUGAUCGCUUUCAGUCCGUAGGGAUUGAUGUUGAAGGAACAGUCGCUCUCCUAGGUGCUCACUCAGUAGGCAGGGUCCACUGCAUCAACCUUGUUGAUAGACUCUAUCCAACUGCUGACCCGACCUUAGACCCGAAUUUUGCUGAGUAUCUGAAGCGUCGUUGUCCCCAUCCUGACCCUAACCCUCUUGCAGUGGAAUACUCGAGGAGUGACCUACAAACACCAAUGAUUUUAGACAACAUGUACUACAAGAACAUCAAAAAUAACAAGGGACUGCUUAUCGUUGAUCAACAACUUGUUUCGAACCCGAUCACAUCUCCAUAUGUUGACAAAAUGGCAGCUGAUAAUGAUUACUUUCACGAUCAGUUUGCUAAGGCUCUUCUCACUUUGUCAGAGAACAACCCGAUAAGCGAGGAAGAAGGCGAGGUGCGAAAAGAUUGUCGCUUUGUAAAUCAUAACUAAAAAUACCCAACUUGUGUAAUUUCUCGACCAUUUCCAGUAAUGUUUAUCUUUUUAUAUGUGAUAUAAUUAAGCUUAUGUCACUAAUAUGAAAGAAUGGGCUAAAUGCUUGUUUUUUUGCAA